CCAAAUAUGUCGCUUGUCGCCUUUGGGAGUUUCUUGGUUUUCUCUUUGAGCGUUUUAUGGCUUGUUUCCUAAUCCUCCUUCGGUAUGAAGUAAGGCCGGAGGCUCUGACUCCCUGACGCCCCGGCGCCUCGCACGUAGUAGGCCGUAAGGUGUGUGUUCCCUGAAAUAAGACUCCGAGUGAACCAGCUCACGUAGGGAGAUAGCGGCCAGCCGAGGAGCCGCCGACACGGCCGCUCGCUCGUUCGGGUUCCGCACCUGCGACAGGAAGAUGACAGCGCCCCUCCCAGUGCUUCGAGAUGGGAGCCCAAGCAGGGGGCGGCCUCCCUGCUGCCAGUAUCUGGGGGUUUGCGGUAGCUGUUGAUGGUAUUCCAGGGAGAGAGGAGGCAAGAUGGGGGGCGGGGGGAAGAGCUCGUCAGAGCCUGGAAACGUGGCUCCCAACGUCCUUGCUGUGUUCCUUCUCCCUGUGGUUUCCAGGACCAGUCACCUAACAUGACGCCUCAAGCUCUUCAUCACCAAGAAUGUUUUGCGGCAGACCAGCCGCAGCCAUGAUGAGCACCAAGGCCUUCACCCUGGUCCCCGCUGUGGAGCGGGAGCUGCUGCAGGGCGACAAGGAGUGGGUCUCGCUGGAGUGCGUGGAGUGCUGUGGCAGGAACCUGUACCUGGGCACCAGCGACUGCUUCGUGCACCACUUCCUGCUGGAGGAGAAGGUCUUGCCCGCCGGCACGGCCACCUUCACGGCCACCAAGCAGCUGCACAGACACCUGGGUUUCAAGAAGCCAGUGAACGAGCUGCGGGCGGCGUCGGCGCUGAGCCGGCUGCUGGUGCUGUGCGACAGCUCCAUCACCCUGGUCCACAUGCUGAGCCUGGAGCCCGUGCCCUCGGGCGCCCGCAUCAAGGGCGCCACAGCCUUCGCCUUGAACGAGAACCCGGUGAGCGGGGACCCAUUCUGCGUGGAAGUCUGCAUCAUCUCCGUCAAGCGCAGGACCAUCCAGGUGUUCCUGGUGUAUGAGGACCGCGUGCAGAUCGUCCGGGAGGUGUCCACGCCAGAGCAGCCCCUGGCCGUGGCAGUGGAUGGCCACUUCCUGUGCCUGGCACUCACCACCCAGUACAUCAUCCUCAACUACAGCACGGGCGCCGCCCAGGACCUGUUCCCCUACUGCGGGGAGGAGCGGCGGCCCAUCGUCAAGAGGAUAGGGAGACAGGAGUUCCUGCUGGCGGGCCCUGGGGGCCUGGGCAUGUUCGCCACGGUGGCCGGCAUAUCUCAGCGCGCCCCGGUGCACUGGUCGGAGAACGUGAUCGGGGCGGCCGUCUGCUUCCCGUACGUCAUUGCCCUGGAUGACGAGUUCAUCACGGUGCACAGCAUGUUGGACCAGCAGCAGAAGCAGACCCUGCCCUUUAAGGAAGGGCACAUCCUACAGGAUUUCGAAGGAAGAGUGAUUGUCGCCACAAGUAAAGGCGUUUACAUCUUGGUUCCAUUACCUCUGGAAAAGCAGAUUCAGGACCUUCUAGCCAGCCGCCGAGUGGAAGAGGCUCUGGUCCUGGCGAAAGGCGCCCGGAGGAACAUUCCAAAGGAGAAAUUUCAGGUGAUGUACAGGAGGGUUCUGCAGCAGGCGGGCUUCAUACAGUUUGCACAGCUUCAGUUCCUGGAAGCUAAGGAACUCUUCAGAAGCGGCCAGCUCGACGUGCGGGAGCUCAUCUCCCUCUGCCCCUUCCUGCUGCCUGCCUCCUCGUCCUUCACCCGCUCCCACCCUCCCCUGCACGAGUUCGCAGACCUGAGCCAGCUGACCCAGGGCGACCAGGAGAAGGUGGCCAAGUGCAAGCGCUUCCUCAUGAGCUACUUGAAUGAGGUCCGCAGCACGGAGGUGGCCAAUGGCUGCAGGGAGGACAUCGACACGGCCCUGCUCAAACUGUACGCGGAGGCCAACCACGAGAGCCUGCUGGACCUCCUGGUCACCGAGAACUUCUGCCUGCUCCCCGACAGCGCCGCCUGGCUGGAGAAGCACAAAAAAUACUUUGCACUGGGACUGCUCUACCAUUACAACCACCAGGACGCCGCAGCAGUUCAGCUCUGGGUGAACAUUGUCAACGGGGACAUUCACGACGCCACCCGCUCAGACUUGUACGAGUACAUCGUGGACUUCCUCACCUACAGCCUCGACCCGGAGCUGGUGUGGAAAUACGCCGACUGGGCCUUGCAGAAAAGUCAGGAGGUUGGAGUUCAGGUUUUCACCAAGAGACCCUUGGACGCACAGCAGAGCAGCUUUAACCCGGCUGAUGUUAUCGCUUGCCUUAAGAAAUACCCUCAGGCUCUGGUUAAGUACCUGGAGCAUCUCGUCGUGGACAGGAGGCUGCAGAAGGAGGAGUACCACACGCACUUAGCUGUCCUCUACCUGGACGAGGUGCUGCAGCAGAAGCCCGGCGCCACUGGCCAGGGCGCAGAGGUGACCGAGACGCAGGCGAAGCUGCGACGCCUGCUCCAGAAAUCCGACCUGUACCGCGUCCACAUUCUGCUAGACAGGAUCCGGGGUGCCGGGCUCCCCAUGGAGCGGGCCAUCCUGCACGGGAGGCUGGAGCAGCACGAGGAGGCGCUGCACAUCCUCGUGCACGAGCUGGGGGACUUCGCGGCGGCCGAGGACUACUGCCUGUGGCGCUCCGAGGACAGGGACCCACCCUACCGCCGGCGGCUCUUCCACCUGCUGCUAGGCCUCUGCCUGCGGCCCGGCCCCUCCGCGCACGAGCUGGCCGUGGCCGCCGUGGACCUGCUGAACCGCCACGCCACCGAGUUCGAUGCCGCCCAGGUUCUGCAGCUGCUGCCCGGCACCUGGUCGGUGCAGCUGCUCCGCCCAUUCCUGAUGGGGGCGGUGAGGGACAGCGUGCACGCCCGGAGGAGCGCGCAGGUGGCCGUGGGGCUGGCCAGGUCUGAAAACUUGAUCUACAAAUACGAUAAGACCCUGACGGUCUAGAGCGCGUGUGGGAAGGGCUGACCCUCACGAGGACGUGCCGGGUGCCAGGCGUUCCUGUGCAUCAUGACGCCACCGCGUCAGCACAGCAGUUUCCUGCAGAAUCCGCUGCCAUUGUCUCCUCUCCCAGAAGAGGAAGCAUUGGCACCGGAAGGUCACACAGAACGUGGAAGCACCCAGAUGAAACUGAAGGGAAGCUCCGUUCGGCUCUCAGACAAAAAGCUUUGCCAGAUGUGCCAGAACCCCUUCUGUGAGCCCACGUUUGUCAGGUACCCGAACGGGGGUCUGGUCCACACCCACUGUGCGGCCGGCAGAC